ACGAAUAUUCCAACUUUUCGACUAAGACGAUCAUCCGUUAGAAGAAGAUACAGUGAUUUUGAAUGGAUUUAUAAAGCUCUUAAAAAGAGGUCAUCCGGCGCGAAUAUUCCUCCUUUACCUGGAAAAGUAUUCUUUAAUCGUUUUUCAGAAAGAGUCAUUGAAGUUCGUAGAGAGGGAUUUGAAAGAUUUUUACAGACUGUUGCCGAACAUCCUCUUUUACAAACUGAAAGUCAAAUCAUAUCAACUUUUAUUCAAGAUUCUAAUUUCAAUC